GUUGUUCGUGAGCACGAUCCUUUGGGGAGAGAUGUUGAGUUAUUUCGCCGCCAUUUGUAUUUGGCAGACAAACCAAAACCAACUUGCAAGGGUAGUGUCGGUGCACAGUUGUUGGUUGACGGCCUAGUGAUCAAAGAUGGUGAUUACAAGCUCGUGAAGACGAGGUUUAGUGCGUUUUUCAACACUCACCUCCAUUCGUAUCUUCAGGGUCUUGGAAUAACUAAUCUGGUAGUCACCGGUGUACAAACUCCAAAUUGCAUCCGUCAGACUGUCUAUGAUGCGGUUGCAUUAGAUUAUCAUACAGUUACUGUUAUUGUUGAUGCGGCUGCUGCUGCUACACCCGAAAUACAUCUUGCAAACAUUGCCGACAUGAGAAACAUUGGAGUUGCAACGCCGACGCUUAAAGAAUGGUGUGCGCCUCACGAGUAA